GCCGUCGCCCGGAAGGAGCCGGCCGGCCCGGGUGCCCGCGGCGGCUGAGUCAGCUACGGGACCUGCGUGCCGGACCAUGGGACCCCUGAGCCGGGAGACUUGGGCCCAGCGCCUGGGCGCCUUCCGGGCCAGCCCAUCCGCCUUCAUGGCAGGUCCCGAAGGUGAGGAUCUGGGUCGUGACUUGCUGAGCGAACUGAGAAGUGAGAAGCUGAGUGAACAGACAAAGGUUUCCUUGCUGGCCCUGAGCCUGGAGUAUCCAGCCCAGCUGUGGCCGGACGCCACUGCGGCCGAGGCAGCCGCCACCUCCCUGUUGGACACCCUGGUCCUUCUACCCCCACGGCCCUCGGCCCUGCGGCGGCCCCUGCUGCUGGCGGCCACCACAGCCCUGGUGGCAGGAGAUGCGCUGGGCCCCACUUCGGACGCCUCCCGCCGGCUCCUGCCCCUUCUUCUCGGCUUGGCCUCUGGCCGCGAUCUGGGGCGAGGCUUUGGCCCCGCCUCAGAGCAGCGCCCCCUGCAGGCCACUGCGUGUGAGUGCCUACGGGAGCUGGAGAGCUGCAAACCCGGGUUGCUGGGCGGCUGCCUGGGGCUGCUUCGGGGGCUGCUGGGGCAGGAAGGCCCUGUCCAGCCGCUCAGCCUGCUGCUGGCACUUGCUCUGCGCAACACCUUGGUGAUACAGGCCAGGGCCGGGGCCGGCCUGCAGGGCCUGCUCGUGGCCGGGGAUACUGCCUCUGGAGGUGAUCCCUGGAACUGGGCGCUAGCUGAGGAGGGGGAUGCCCACCUUCAGCUGCAGGCACCCAGCUGGCCGGCGGCAGCGGAGGAGGAGUGUGGCCUCGCAGUGCUGGAACCUAGUCCCGAGGAGGCCCGCGAGCUGCGCGCUGCUGUGGCCCAGCUUCUGGACACUUCCUACCUGCUCACCCCUGUGGCUCAGGCCCAGCUUCUGUGGCUGCUGGGCUGGGCCCUGCGGGGUCUCCGGGGACAGCCGCCAGUGCUCUUCAAGCCGCAGUUGGUGCGACUGCUGGGCACGGCACAGCUCACGCUGCUGCACGCUGUUCUGGCGCUCAAGGCGGCCUUCGGGGAAGCACUGUUCACGGCCCAGGAUGAGGCCUUGCUGCUCCGCCGGCUCACCAUGGCUGCCCAGCACCCGGCGCUGCCCUUGCCCGCCCAUCUCUUCUACCUGCACUGCCUUCUGAACUUCCCCGAGAACUGGCCUCUAGGCCCCACAGGCGAGGAGGCCGCCCCGCUGCUGCUGAGCCGCCAGCUGGGCUGCUGCCUCCUGCCCAGUCUCCUGCACGACCCGAUGGCCCUCCUGGCCCGCCUGCAUCUGCUGUGCCUGCUCUGCGUGGAAGAUGAAGAAAAGGAAGAGAAAGGCCGGGAGUGGAGCCCCCAGCAUUACCUGGAGGAGCUGCUGGCUGGCUUGCGGCAGAGGGUGGCCCUGGAUGGGGGUCCCCGGGCCUCGGCCACCCUCUGCUUCCAGGCUUCCUACCUGGUUGUUCGCUGCCUGGCCACACAGCCUGUGGUGCUGACGCCCUUGACCCACGGACUGGCCCGGCUAUACCGCGCCCGGCCUGCGCUGGCUCCACAUUUUGUGGACCUCUUGGAUCGGGUGGCCCCGGAGCUGGGGGAGCCCCUGAGAGUGGCGUUGCGGCAGGAGGUAGUGUCCCGGCCAGGCAGGGACGAGGCCCUUCGUUGGCACCUGCAGAUCCUGGCAGAAGUGGCAGACGGGGAUGCUCCGAGCGCCACCCUCGGCUUCCUGGGCGCUGCAGCUGCGCACUGCACAGACUGGGGCCUCCAGCAGGCCCUGCUCCGGGUCUGCCGGGCCCUGCUGCGGGCGGGGGCCGGGGUUGGCCUGGCCAACUUGCUGCAGGCGCUGGCCAGGCAGUGGGAGGACCCUGAUGGGCGGGACCAUGCCCGUCUCUACUACAUCCUCCUGGCCCAUCUUGCGGGGCCCAAGCUGGGCGUGGCCCUCGGCCCCUCCCCCGCUGCACCUGCAUCGGCCUCCUCCCUGGUGGCCGAGAACCAGGGCUUUGCUGCUGUGCUGAUGGUGCAGGAGGCCCCAGCCCCGAUCCGACUAAGCGUGGGGCCCCGAGGAGCGGCGGGCCCAGGCCUGGUGCUGCAGCUCCAGCUGGAGGCGCUGGAGCCGGUGUACUCUCUGGAGCUGCGCUUCCGCGUGCAGGGACAGCUGUACGCGCCCUUGGGGGCUGUCCACGUGCCCUGUCUGUGCCCCGGCCGCCCCUGCCGUCCUCUGCUCCUGCCUCUGCAGCCUCGCCGCCCAGCCCCCACGCAGCUGGACGUGUGCGCCCUGUACACCACGCCCGCCGGCCUCACCUGCCAUGCCCACCUGCCGCCCCUGCCCGUGAACUUCGCUGACCUUUUUCUGCCUUUCCCCCAGGCCCCCGAGGGGGACAAGCUGGGCUUCUUUGAGGAGCUCUGGGACUCCUGCCUGCCGAAGGGCGCGGAGAGUCGCCUCUGGUGCCCUCUUGGGCCACAGGGGCUGGAGGCGCUGGUGUCCCGCCACCUGGAGCCCUUUGUGGUGGUGGCCCAGCCCCCCACCAGCUACCGCGUGGCCAUUCGUCUGCCCCCAGACUCGAGGCUGCUGCUGCGACUGGAGGCGGCCCAGGCGGACGGGGUGCCCGUGGCCUUGCGGACCGACGACUGGGCUGUGCUGCCCCUGGCCGGGGACUAUCUCCGUGGGCUGUCAGCCGCGGUCUGAGCCUGGAGGCCAGACCCGGGGGAGGCAGGACUGUGGCACUGAGGGUCUUUUUUAAAAAUGACCUACGUUCACCAGUGACCUUCCCGUGGCUUGUUUUCUUCUGAGCCCCGGUUGGGGACACGCACCCCGGGACGGGGGCGAGAGACUCCAGGAAAACUUCCAGACUAGGAACCCCCAUACUGCGGGGAUCCCAAGUGUCUUCCUGCCCAGAUAUGCUGGGCUUCUCCAGAAUUCCUGCCCAGCAAGGAGGAGAAAAAGUAACUUUGUCUCUGCUUCUCAGCGGGCCAUGGCCCAGAGCCUCACAGCAACUCAGUAAUGCCGGUGCUGGACUGGGGCCAGUCACCUGGGGACCGGUGCUUCUCAGUUCCAGACUUUGCCGGGUUCCUGGCCCAGGGGGCUCAGGCUAGCUAGCACAGUGGACCGGAGGCCAGGCGGAGAGAGGGCUUUGCUGCCCCUUCCCUGAAGAGGGGCUCCCCGUGCUGUUUUGAUUGGAGCCACACUCUAGGGCCUGUCAGUAUAUUUUGGGACCUAAGAGAAAAAGGCCACAUGGUAUGGGCUAAAAUUAAGCUGGCUUUUCCUCACCACAACCCAAUCUGUGGACCUAAGAAUCUUCUAGGUAAGAAAAACCAGUCCCCCUUCUUCUUUCUCCAGAUACGUAAGAUGACCUUGAGUUCAAAUGUUUUGAGGCUGACCUUGCUGCCAGGCACCGAGCUGGUAUUUUCCACCCACACUGCCUCAUUUCAUCCUUGCAACAGCUUGGCGGGGCCCCACAGAUGAGGAAAUCUGUAGGCUAGAGGGGUUGACUGAUUUUCCUGUGGUCACCCAGCUGGUUAGUAAUCGUGUUUUGUCAUCCUGGAGUGGGUUUCCGUCACCAUGCCGUCAGGACAGAGACCUGCACGGAUCACAGGGCUGCGGAGUCCCCAGGCCCCUUUGCCCUGGGCCAGCACCCCCGGAGGCUGUGGUCAGACCGCCGUGAUCAAUCCGCAGUGCUGGGCGGAGUUUGACCAGAGGCUGAGGCGUAAUUGUUCUGCUGGGGAAAGGCCUCUUGUGUGGCCCUUGCCUCCUGGGCCCCCAGCCCCCAGCUCCUCAGGGCCGUUCCUGCCCCUCCCAGUUGUGGGGGGCUGGGAAAGGAAAACGGGGCCCGGGACCCGCGGGGCUGUCACGGGUCAGGUAGGGAGGUCUAUCUCAAGUUUGAGCCACGGCAGUAACUUGCUGGGUGAUCCGGGUAAACCAUUGCCCAAUCAGGAAGGGUUUGGUUCCAGGAAAUAAUCCAGGAAAGUGAUUUAAGACACUUGGCUACUUUUGGGGCGCCUGGGUGGCUCAGUUGGUUGAGCGUCCGACUUUAGCUCAGGUCAUGAUC